AUGGAUGAAAAAGAUGCCCCGGUCGAGGCUGGCCAGCUCUGGGGCAAUGGCUCUGCCACCACGGUUGCGACGUGUGGCUGGGAGAGCAUAACUGUUGGCACGACUGCAAACAACAGCUCCGUUGAAUUAGGAUCGCUCGGUCGAAAUCAAACAAUCCGACAAGUUUGGGACGAUGAAUUCUCAGCAGUUGGCUCAGAACCGAAGAAAGGAACUCAUGUCAUACGCUCAGGCCUGUGCAAAGACAUUGCGGAGCAAUCCUCUAUCCCAUCAGAGCCAGUUUCAGAAACGCCGAAUCGAGUUCAAGUGUGGUCGUCAAAACUGAGGCAUGGGCCUUGCAAUACAUAUGGUCGUCUCUUCACCAUCAUGAUCGUUGGCAAUGUGCUCCCGCUGCUUGUCGGUGUGAUACUAGACUUUCAGGAGGUGGCUGAAAUUCAGGCCAUACUGGAAAAGUCUGCUACCAUUUGCAUACAUAUGGCAUCAGCGAAUGCUAUGGUCUGUACGUUGGCACGAUCGCCUGUCGUGAUCAAUGCACUCUUCGUCGUGUGCGGUGCGAUACCACGAUCAUCUCCCUUGUGGCUUCGAAGGAGGCUUUGCAAGAUAUUCCAUAUCGGGGGAGUUCACAGCGGGACUGGCAUAGCAGCAUGCAUGUGGACAAUGAUAUUCGUCAUCGUUUUUGCCUUUACCAAGCCAUGGGUUAGUCCGCGACCGACCUUUAUCUUGGCCAUGGCUGUCGUGGUCACGGCCCUGCUGAUUGCCAUCAUUGUCGUGGCCAUUCCAUCCAUACGUCGGCGUUGUCAUGACACGUUUGAAAUGACACACAGAUUUGCGAGUUGGCUCACCCUGGCGUUCCUUUGGGCAUUGCUUCUUACCCAGGCCUACGAUGAAGUUGUGCUAGACCAGAUGUCGUCUAUCGGAACAUACCUCUUGACCUUUCCAACUUUCUGGUUCCUCUUGGUGUCCAGUAUGGCAGCGAUGUGGCCUUGGACAAUGCUGCGCAAGGUGGAUGUUACUCCAGAAUACCUAUCCCCGCACGCAAUACGAUUGCACUUUAGCCAUCGACAAGCAAGAUGGGGAAGGGGUCUGUCGCUUGCAAGACACCCCCUUAGGGACUGGCACAGCUUUGCAACUUUUACCGAUCAACUCGACACCCCAGAGUCCAAGUUCUCCUGUCUAGUGUCAAAUGCCGGCGACUGGACAAGGUCAGUCAUUGAAGCACGGCCAACUAAACUGUGGAUACGGGCAGUGCCGGUCUGUGGCCUGGCAUACGCAAUGAAGGUCUUCAGUAGACUAGUUGUGGUCACGACGGGCUCGGGCAUCGGCCCUUGCUUGUCCUUUAUUGGGUACAAGGACAUGCCUCCGUUACGCGUAGUCUGGCAAUCGCGAUGCCCACUGCAGACGUACGGCCAACGAACGCUUGAUCUGGUCAAGAGAAUGGAUCCCAACCCACUGAUCAUUGACACAAGUCAAGGAGGCAGGCGUGACAUGCUGCCCGAGGUUCUGAACAUGGUCAGAGAUUUUGAGGCCGAAGCAGUGAUUGUAAUUAGCAACCCCGGCUUUACAGAGAAGAUUGUGUACGAUCUUGAGAGUAAGGGUAUUCCGGCAUAUGGUCCUAUUUUCGACAGUUGA